AUGACGGACAUUACAGGACACAGUCUGGCUGGUACUGUUGCCUCUUUCUUAUUCGUCUUGCUUACAAUGAAACCAUCAGAUGACUUUAGAGUGAUGGGUCCUUCCUAUCCGAUCGUGGCCAGGGUUGGGGAAGAUGCGUUACUCACCUGUCAGCUCCUCCCCAAGAAGACUGUGGUGCAUAUGGAGGUGAGGUGGUACCGCACAGAGUCCAGCACACCUGUGUUGACACUCUUGGAAGGAUCUGAUGUGACUGAGGAGCAGCUGGAAGAAUACAGAGGCAGGGUAGAGUGGAUAGAGGAUAAUGUUCCUGAAGGGCAGGUGACACUGAAGAUACACAAUAUCCAACCAUCUGAUGAUGGACAAUAUUGGUGCCGUUUCCAAGAGGGGAACUACUAUGUUGAAGCAAGUUUGAAUCUCAAAGUUGCAAAUCUGGGGCCUGCCCCUAGCAUUCACCUGUCAGGAUCUAUGGAAAAUAAAGUCCAUCUUCUCUGCACUGCAAAAGGCUGGUUCCCAGAACCCAAGAUUUAUUGGGAAGAUAGCACUGGAGAGAAGCUGUUGACUUUCUCUGAGUGGAGCAUCCAAGAGGAUGAUGGCCUGUUUUACGUGGAAGCCAUUCAUGUGCUCAGAAAUGCCUCUAUAGACACUGUGUCUUGCUUUAUCCACAACCAUGUUCUUGGUGAGCAGAAGAGCUCAAAUAUCUUCAUUCCAGAAAAACUCGAGACACAACUUGCUUCCUUGAAAGUGAUUGGACCUUCUCAGCACAUCCUUGUCAGAUUUGGGGAAGACAUACCACUGACAUGUUUCCUGUCCCCUAAGGCUAAUGCACAGGACAUGGAGGUCAGGUGGGUCAGAGCCCAUCAUUACCCUGCUGUUCAUGUGUAUAUGAAUGGGGAUCAUAUGGUUGGAGAGCAGAUGAAAGAAUAUAGAGGACGAACUACAUUGGUGAGUGAUUCCAUCAAUGAAGGGACAGUGACUCUGCAGAUACAUAAUGCCAGAACAUCAGAUGAUGGACAGUACCGGUGUCUUUUUAAAAAAGAUGGCAUCUACCAGGAGGCCAGCUUGGAUUUGAAGAUAGUAGCUAUAGGUUCAUCUCCAGUGAUCAGCAUGGAGAGAGUGAAGGAUGGAGUAGAGCUGACAUGCACUUCAGAAGGGUGGUUCCCACAGCCCCUAGUGCAGUGGAAGGACAUGGAAGGAAAGAGAAUCUCAUCACUUUCAGAGGUCCUGACUGAAGGAAGUCAUGGGCUGUUCCAAGUGAAGACACAUCUGUUGAUCACAAAUAGCUCUAUUGUCACUGUCACCUGCUCCAUCAGCAAUACACUUAUCAGUGAGGAGAAAAUGACAAUCUUUUCUUGGCCUGGUUGGCACUCUGAUUCAACUGAUACUUUUGCUAUAGCAAGGACGUUGGGCUAUGAAUUUCAAAGGAUAGCUUGUUGUAGAUUGGGCAUCGAUUCUGCCAUCACUGGAUUAGAGUUUGGUGCCUAA